AUGGACAGCAUGGAUAAACUUGACACGUCUCGGGUUCAAUGUAGAGUUGUUGGAACCUGGUAUCUAGUUCAGGCAGCAAGUGUUGUACAACACAGCCAUUGUGGGCGUGAGAUGAUGGGUACCUGUUCCUUCCCAACGAUGUUUCCUCCCAUCAGUAACAUCUGCUACAGCUACGGCAAUGGGAACAGCUUCCCAAUCAUCUAA